UGGUGUCUGCAUGUUAUUGCUCACUAACCUUUAACCCUUGUUAAAAAGAAAAGUCUUUCCGGUUAAGAUGGCGCCCCCCAUACCUUUGCUGGCAGUUCGAGGAUCAGAAGGGAUUUAUUUGCUAAAUGGACCACCUUGCUUAACCGAAAAUGAAAGAUUUACACGAGACACUGGAAAAAGCUGCAAAGUUUUUGCUUUCAGUAAGGAUGGAACCCUCAUUGCUUGGUGCAAUGGAGAAAAGGUCAAGGUAGUGGAUGUUGUUGACUGGAAACUUGUGCUGUCCCUUGAUCUCCCCAAGACAGCUUGCGUUGAAUUUUCUCCAAAGAACACUAUCCUGGCAUUAUGGCAGCCUUAUACAACAUCAAAGGACACUGGCCAAGGAGAACCCAACCUGAGCCUUUGGGAUAUAAAAAGUGGAGAGUGCAUCAAGUCUUUGUUCCAAAAAAAGAUGCAGUGCUGGUGCCCAUCUUGGACAGAAGACGAAAGUAUUUGUACCAGGAAUGUGAAUAAUGAGAUGCAUUUCUUUGAAAACAAUGAUUUUGGCACCAUUGUGAACAAGCUUCAUUUGCAGAAAAUUACAGACUUUGCUUUGUCACCUGGACCUCUGCCAUGCAAGCUUGCCGUCUAUGUUCCAGGAAACAAAGGGGCACCUUCAUUUGUUCGACUGUAUGAAUAUCCUAAGUUUGGUGGUCCACAGUCUGCACUGGCCAACAAAAGUUUCUUUAAAGCAGAUAAGGUGACAAUGCUAUGGAAUAAGAAAGCUACUGCAGUAUUAGUUAUUGCCAGCACAGAAGUUGACAAAUCAGGAGCAUCCUAUUAUGGAGAACAAACCCUUCACUACAUAGCUACAAAUGGAGAAAGUGCCGUUGUACAAUUACCAAAAAAUGGUCCCAUUUAUGAUGUAAUAUGGAGUCCUAAUUCUUUGGAGUUCUGCGUAGUAUUUGGAUUCAUGCCUGCCAAAGCAACAAUUUUUAACUUGAAGUGUGAUCCUGUUUUUGAUUUUGGGACUGGGCCUCGCAAUGCUGCUUACUACAGCCCUCAAGGACAUAUUUUGGUUUUAGCAGGAUUUGGUAAUCUCAGAGGUCAGAUGGAAGUGUGGGAUGUUAAAAAAUACAACCUUAUUUCCAAACCGCAGGCAUCGGACUCUACGUACUUCUCAUGGUGCCCUGAUGGGGAGCACAUUGUGACUGCAACAUGUUCUCCAAGAUUACGAGUGGGUAAUGGGUACAAAAUUUGGCAUUAUACUGGCUCCAUUCUCCACACAUGUAGUAUAUCACCACCAGCUGAACUCUGGGAAGUUUGCUGGCAGACAUUUUGUGAAGGAGCAUUUCCAGAAAGGACCAUCACUUAUCAGCCAAUUGCAGGUGAUAACCCCAGUGUAGAACCAAAACCUACUCAGGCGUAUAGACCACCAGCCUUAAGGGAUAAACCUGUAACCAGUUCCAAACUGCAUGAAGAAGAACCACCACAGAAUAUGAAACCACAGGCUGCUGGAGGAGAGAAACCAUUGUCUAAAACAGCUCUUAAAAAUCAGAAAAAACGUGAGGCUAAAAAAGCAGCAAAACAGGAAGUCAAAAUUGAUGGUUUGCUUGAAACAGUUUCCAAGCCAGUGGAGAAAGAAGUGUUGCCUUCUUUCAGCAGUGCUGCAAGCUCCAAGGAUCCAGAGACCGAAAAGAAGGUUAAAAAUCUUAAAAAGAAACUGAAAGCAAUAGAACAGCUCAAGGAACAGCAGGCAUCUGGUAAACAGCUUGAGAAAAACCAGAUUGAAAAAAUUCAGAAGGAAGCAGCCCUACUACAAGAGCUUGAAGAUUUGGAACUGGGAGAUUGAACAGCUUGUGGACUGCCAUGUUUUAUGUUUACUUUCAGACUGAUACAGCAGCAGUAUUUUUCCAGCAAAUGUGUACUGCAUUGUCUGGCUGCUAAUACACUAUUCUGCUGUUUUGCAUUGUACAUACCAGAUUCAUUGAUACAGGUUCAAAUUUCUGGAAAAGGAUAACUGGUCAUUUUUAUUUACCAUGUGCAUCUUAAUGUUCUGAAUGAAGUGGUUUGAUUUUGGUUUGUAAAAACAAAAGUAGUUCUUUGAAAAUGUAAGCACUAUGCAAUGAUGUAUGAUUUAGAAGUAUGUUGUAAAAUGCUUAAUGUUACAGAGUAGAUGUUCAGAUUUGUGACAUUUUCAGGCUGAAUAAAGUGAACAUUUCUUGCUUUUAUGUUCAGCAUUAACCUA